AAAUAAUUAAAGCAAAAUAUAAAAAUCACGUGUGUUUUAAUCGACGGAUGCCGAAACGUCACUUCCGCUCAGGCGUUGCCACGGUAACCAGAAAUGGCGCCGGGAAGCCAGCCAAUCCUGUCAUCCACUCCUCUGCAGGUCCUCUUGUACCUCAAUAGUUGGUACUUUGGAGCUUUCUACCUGGCUGAAGUUCUCAUGUUCAUCUAUAAAGGUAUUUUACUGCCGUACCCAACUGGUAAUUUGGUUCUGGAUGUGGUCCUACUGGUUCUCUUCCUCGGACUGGAGAUACUCAGGAUAUUCUAUGCCUGGAAGGGCAACUUGUGCGAGCACUCGCUCACCACAGCCGUGUCGCUCUUCCUGCUGCUGCCGUGCGCCACUCUGGCCGCCUACUUCCUGCUGCUGCAGACCUUCGUCCUGCGUCUGGAGUUCCUCCUCAGCAUCGUGCUCCUCUGCUUCUAACGGCCUCCAGUUCCUGCUGGGAGUCCUCGCCUUGUCUGCCUUCUCCAGGUCCGUAGUUUACUGAGCAGCACGAAGCUGAGUCGGUGACGUCAUGUCUGAUCAUGAAACUCGCUGUAAAUAUUUUUGUUUAUGGAAGCUUUUUACUUUUAUACAAAAUGACAAAUUGUGUGUAAAUAAAGGAUUAUGAGACAGGCAGACUUUUGGCAUCUUGCAGCAUGUCAGGUGAGCAGCGCCCACACCUGUCACUCUCCCUUGUGGACUGAGUGGUCAAUAUGUUGAUAAUGGACACCAAUUUGUUGUCAUUUUAUUUCACAAACCGUCUGCAUGUGUCCAAUCUGGACCGCUACAUUGGAAUUAAAAUGCAGCCUGCCACAUCGUUUAA